AUGCUGUGCCUGGACCGCCGGGCUCUCUUCUUUCCUACCCUCCUCUCCCUCCUUUUCACUCCCUCCUCUGGAUUUUUUGGCUGGCUGAGGCAGGGAGCAGCUCCAGAAAGAGACCCCGUCCCCCCGACACCAGCGCCAGACUUGAGGAGUCUCCCUAAUGCUCCCUUUGAGAUGACGACGGGGGAUGAGCGAUUCCUGGCUGAGGCCAGGCACCUGGAUCUGUCUCCACUGGACUCUUGUCACCACAAGGUUAUUGCCCAGAUCCACUCCUCCUGUACGGACCUGACGGAAGAGGAACUGGCCAAGCUGGGGGUGUCCCUGUUUAACUGCCAAGCGAGCGUGGAAGGGCGCAGGACCUAUCCCUGCACUGCAGACAUGCCCCUCGCGGAAUGCACCGCCAACAUGGACCCCGACACCUGGAACGCCUACCACAUCGUCAGCAACCGGGCCCGCGCCGUCUGCUACUCCACCCGCCAGAUGCAGUUCAAGCGCCGGACAGAGCACACGGUCAACACCCUGGUCUCCGCCGCCAUGAGUCAGCUGGAGGCCAUGAGGCUUCUGAAGGACGGCCAGGAGGAACUGAAAGAGCUGACAGCGGAGUCCCUGCACAAGGUGGUGAGCAGCCAGCAUGAGCUGCUGCUCCAGCAGGAGAAGCUGCAGGGCAGCCAGGAGCAGAUGGAGUCCUCCAUCCACAGCAACCUGGAGCAGCUGACUCAGGAGAAGGCCUUGAUUGCCAGCGGGCAGCAGCAGGUGGCUCAGCUCAUUGAGGGCAUCACCAAGAGGAUGGAGAACGUGAGCAGCCACCUAGAUGACCAGGACGUGGAGCUGCAGCAAGGACACAGAGCCAUCCUCACCGACCUCACCCAGAUGCAAAGGCGAGCCCAGGAGGUCUACUCCAAAAUAGAGGCCAACCUGGCGCUGUUCCUGGCCUAUCAGAACCAGACAGCCCUGUACUACGACGAGCUGAUGGGGAAGCUGUACAGGAUGAACCAGAGCCUGGGCCUGGUGCUCUACGCCGUGGAUCACAUGCAGAGCAGCGUGGAGGGCCGGCUCCUGCACAUCCAGAGAUUCAUUGGCUGGGCAGGAGUCAGCCUCGGCGCCGCCUGCACCUGCGUCCUGCACGCCGGCUACUUCCUGCUCUCGGCUCUGCUCAUGACCUUCCUGCAGACCCCAGGCCUCCCCCGCGCUGUGCUCCUGGUCUUGGUCAUCGCCAACGCGCUCUCCGAGCUCAACCACGCCGUCUCCCUGGGCUUCAAGUCCCUGACGCUUUUCCUGGUGCUCGUUGUCGCCGGUAACUGGCUGCUGGCGAGCGUGUGCUGCUGCGCCCGGAGCGUGAGGGGCCGGAAGCCGCCUCUGGCGCUCUCGCUGACUCCCCAGAGGGCAGCGGGGGCCAGCAGCCCCGAAGCAGAGCUCAAGGAUGAUCCCCGCUGUCAUAUCACCUCCACCCCUGACAGGGAGUGUGAAAUCGGCCUCUUGCGGGAAGAGCUGAACAAGCUGGAGGAGAUGAGCUACCUGCAGGACGACUCCUGCCUGGGGAGGGCGCCCCUGCUGACGGGAAACCCCUUUCGGAAUGGGGGCGUGCCGCUGCCCCCUACAGGCUGGAAGGCACAGCAGAGAUCCGCUGCUGUGCUGGCUCCCUCCGUCCCCAUCGGGAACUUGCGCCGUGUCAGUCUGAGCCGCACCACCAGGCACGAGGUGUUGGAGAGGCAGGCCACACUGGAGAGGCGCCACCUGGGCCCCGCGUUCGAGCCCUUUUCUGACUUCAGGUCCUGUAGCCUGGACCAGUCCAUGGCUAGCGACAUGUCCACCUCUUCGAUGUCUCCGCGACGCCUGUGCCAGGGCAUUACCAAGGCCGGGCAGCCAUGCAGGAAGAAGGCCGUUCCCGGACAGGAAUUUUGCCACGUUCACGUAUCUGGACAAGUCUCCUACACCAGCUGA